GGUAAGGUCGCUAGCAGCUAGCGCUAUGUGCGCAGUGAUAUGAUCUACGUUCUUUGAUUACGAGAAAAUGUAGUUUAUACUUUUCGAAAUAGAAUCAUAUGCGCUUAAAUGAUAUCAGAAUGAAAGCCAUAGCCAGUUUUAACCACCGGUUAGCUAAACCUAGCUAGCUGGCUAAGCUAACUAAACCUAGCUAGCGGCAGUGUUUGUGUUUUGUAGCUUUAAUGAGGGGAAACUAACUGUAGUAACUAACUAACUGUCUGAGGAGAAGAACAAACCCAAACAGUCAACAUGUCGCUCAGAAAAGAAGUAUUUCAGGCGAAAGUCCUGCAGAGACUCUACCCUGCUACGCCAAAGGUAGAAAAAGUCCCAUGGACUCCUGUCCAUCAUCCCCAAGCCACUAAAUGCUUGAAAGGUUUUCAACUGAAGCCAAGCAAAGUGUCUGGUCAUGCAGGAUUGUCUGCUGUAUCAGGCAGGAAGGUGUACACCGUCCUCCCUCCACCUAAAGACUACAUCCCUGCCAGUGGAGAUGGAUUGGGGUCGCUCUCUGAUGCACAAGCUGUCAAUAAUGCAGAUGAGACGCCUGUUGAUCUUCCAGGAUCAGAAGACCGCAGCGACGCUGAAGAUGACCGUGCAAGCAAGAGGAGGAAGCGAAGGAGGAAGAGAAAGUCAGGUACAAUCUCUGAUGGGAAUCCACCUAUCGCUGCUGCUGCUGCUGACGACAAAGCCGAAGAUGCUGAGGAGAGAAAUACAGGGAAAGCAGAGGGCUCGGAAGGUCUCAGUAAAAACAAGAGGAGGAAGAUGAAGAGGAAGAGGCACAAAGAGAAGCUGCUCGCACUCGGCCUCCUGCCCCGAUCCAUGGCCCUCGAGUUCACUUACAAAAAAGAUGAGGAGGAUGAAGAAAAGAAGGUGGAAGAGGUUGUGGACUUUCUUCAGUCUACAAGAGAUCUCUAUUUCUCAGAUCGCUCCCGCAGUGCAGGUGAUCCCUCCGUCCUUCUCAGCGCGACAGAGUCACUCUUCACUCGUCUGUCGGACAAUACGUCUCCCCCCGCCGUCCUGUCCGUCCUCGUGAGGCUCAGAGAGCUGCUGCGUCAGAGGGAGGUGGAGAAGUUACACACCGUGCUGCAGGAGUUCACACAAACGUCCACGCUGCCUAAAGAUGAAACCGAAGCAACCUGCACUCUCUUCCACUACUGGAUAACCGAAGUUCUUCCCAUCCAAAAGGAAACAAAUGCUCAACCAUGACGCGCAUGCGGUUCUGCAGUUUGCUUUCACCUCCUGAGUCAGCUCUCUCUUUGAGUAUUAAGAAUAUUAAGGUCUGCAUUUACUGCCAUCACAGUUUAGGCAUCUGAUACUUUCAUGAAAAGGUGUCCAAAACAGCGGCCUUAUUCCCGUAUGGGUGUUUUAUACCUGCCAGGGCAGUGGAUCUGAAAGUGAGUUUUAUGUUUACUUUUCAAAGCGAUUUAUAACUGAAGUGAGACGUGACCCAACUGAGGGUUAAGACAUCGGUUCCAAAAAGAGACCAAAAGUGGCAGCUUGGAGGUGCUGGGAUUUAAAAUUCCAAAUGCCUUCACCAUUAAGCCCACUUCCUGAAGCAUAGCCAGAGGGUAGGUGAAGUUUUUAAAGACUUUAUUACACUCUUGGCAAUCACAACCCCUUAUCAUCGUUAUAAUAAAUUGUCUGUGAUUUAUAUGGAUUCGGUUUCCAAACAUCCAAAACCUCAAUAAUGCAAAAGCAACCGAGCUUUCAAACAGGACCUAAUGUCUGAAUUUCAGAAAAAAGUGCUGUAACUACAAUAAAUGUCCUAAAUAUCGCUCUACACAUUUAAAGACCUAGUCCAGUGCUAGGGUGCUAGGUUAUACUGAGUGAGCUUUGGCUUGCCUAUAAAGUGGUACAGAUGUAAUGCAGAAUAUAUGAUGAUUAGGCUUCAUUCUGUUCAAUGGACUAGAUUCACAAGAACGUUUUGACAGAUUAUGAGGCUAUUUUGGAGAACGUACUUUCCAAAACAGCUGCCUCUCGAAAGUUCCGUAUCUCGAAUGUAUGUAUCUGUGUGGAAAACCACCUCUAUGAGGUUCAGCUUGAUUUUGAAGAAACCCCUUGAUGAGCAAAACCAAGUGACUCCAUAUGUAACAAACAGAUAUGCUUUAUGCUUUACAAACAGACAUGAAUUGAGCCUCCGUUUUAAUUUGUGUUAGUUAUGGAUUUAAUAAUAACCUUAAAACCUCUAAAACUUACUGUAAGCACAAUGUUUAAAAAUGAUCUUUUAGAAUAUAUAAAGGUUUGAAGGAUUCUUGCCUUUAUCUUUUAUCUUCUCAAUCCACGAGCUCUCCUGAUGCUGCCUUAACUAGCGAGCUAAAGUUACCUCAGGAUGUUCCUUUCUCGCUAGCUAAAGUUGUCACCGGGAAAUAUCCCUUGAUAUUAUGUUAUUUUUUGCCAUUUAAAAUUGCCACAGGAGGUUAUUUCUUGCUAGGAGGUUAUUUCUUGCCACAGGAUUAAAGUGGGAACAAGCUUCUGUAUCAGAUUUAUACUUUUUUUAAUCAAAUGAGGAAUACCUCUUUAUUUUAUUUGUGCACAAUUUUGUCAAAAUAGAAGAUUUGCAUUACAGUUACGAUUUCUGCCAUUGCUAAUUCAUCACAAUUAAUUACAGGUAUUUAAAAUUCUUUUUGUAUUUUCAGUAUCUGCGUUUCUCAGUAACAUAACAUGUAUAGUCAAAACUCUAGCUUGGUCCUAUCAAAGUUAAAGGAUUUCAACGAAUAUUUAUGUGUAAACACUCAGUUAAUUGCAGCUGGCCUCAUUUUCCUCAUAACCUUCAUUAUAAGACCUUUAAAAUUUGCACAUUCUGUCAAUUCACUGUUCGUGCUGAUUAUAAGCUCUACAAUACCGAGCUCAUAAACAUAUUUCUCAAUCAAAACGUCUUGUCCAUUCAUAAUGAGUAGCCUCUGGCUUAGCCUCUUAGCAGCUAAUUAUCUUAGCAGCAAAUGUCAACGCGCCUUCGCUACUCCCUUUCCUCACUGCAUUGAUGGUGACAUUUAGUCUCCGACUCAGGCCUGAGCUCUCAUUAUCUCUAUGCUGCUCACACAGUCCAGCAGGAAAUGAAGGUCAAAGCAAAGACAACUUGGUCAUGCACGGGAAUUACGAUAAAUGAUUUCUGAUUCAGGAAAAGUUUGUUGUGGCGAUUUAAGAACUCUGUGCACUAAACUGUGUGAGAGUUUAUCAAAGAAUCUUGCCUCAGGUCAGAUGAGAGCCAACCAACAUUUUUUUGAGAGGAAGUUAGUACAUGCCCUUGAAGAAUUACCUGCAAAAAUAAAACCAUGAUAUUUCUUUUGGCGCAGUGAUGAAGCGGAUGAAUAAAUUUUUUCUCUGUUACUUAGUCGAUCCAACAUAUUUAGCAUAAUGCAAAUUGUAAAAGUGUUUUUAGUGAUUGUCAAAACCUUCAGCUGUUUUUCUCUUCUUAGUCAUUAAUUAUCAUCAAUUUGAUGGACAGGACUUUUUUUUUGUUUGUUUUUCCAAGCAUCCCCAAUGCUGCUUUUUGAUAAAAAAUAAAAACAAAAAAUAAUAAUAUUAUAAUAUUGAAAUUUGAAUAAUAUUGAACACAUCUGCAGUGCCAUCUGCUGAAUCCCAAAAUUUUUGAACAAUCCCGUCCACUCCCACAGAAUAUUUUGACUAAUCCCACCACACCAUGUGGGGUCCCCCAGGGCUCCAUUUUGGGGCCUAUUCUGUUCUCCCUGUAUAUGCUCCCUUUAGGGCAUAUUUUUAGGAAAUUUGGUAUUUCUUUUCAUUGUUAUGCAGAUGACCUGCAAAUUUAUCUGCCCUUGAAACGCAAAGAUACCUGCUCUCUAGUGCCCCUACUGCAGUGCUUUGAAGAAAUAAGACCUGGAUGGCACUAAAUUUCCUUAAUUUUAAUGAAAAUAAAACAGAAGUGGUGUUGUUUAUGCCAGGGGGAACCUGUGAGUCAGUAGACCUAAACCUCGGUGAGCUGAAUCCUUAUGUGAAGCCCUUUGUAAGAAAUUUAGGUGUUGUUUUGGAUUGUGAUUUUAAAUUGGACCAACAGAUUAAUUUAGUAGUUAAAUCAUGUUUCUUCCAAUUGAGACAACUCACCAAGGUGAAACCUUUCCUGUGCUCUAAGGACUUUCAGGGAGUUGUGCAUAUUUUUAUCUCAAGUCGCCUUGAUUACUGUAACAGCCUUUAUUUAGGUAUUAAUCAGGCCUCCCUCUGCAGACUGCAACUGGUCCAGAAUGCGGCAGCUCGCCUAUUGACGGGCACACGAAAGCGGGAACAUAUGUCUUAAAAUAUUGGUGCUUGUUUUUAAAUCUCUUAAUGGGUCAGCGCCAAGUUUCUUAUCAGAUUUGAUUAAUCUGUACACUCCGUCAAGAGUGACUGAGGUCUGCUGACCAUUUGCUCACCAAUUUUCACCAAGAGUGAAACUGAAGAGCAGGGGAACGAGCCUUUGCAAGUGCGGCCCCAAAGCUCUGGAACAGUUUGCCUCUCUAUAUUAGACAGGCUCAAACACUUGAGGUCUUUAAAUCUGCCCUAAAAACUUAUUUUUACAGUCUGGCAUACGAUGCCAUGUGAGAGCUGCUUGCUUUUUUUUAUUGUUUUAUUGUGUCUUAAGUAUUUUUUCUUUUAUUUGUGUGUUUGUAUUAAUAAACCAUGUGUACUUUCUGUAUGUACAGCACUUUGACAAACACUUGUUGUUUAAAAAAAAAGUGCUUUAUAAAUAAA